AUGCGGGUGCUGGUGGGUGGUGGGACUGGCUUUGUGGGCAGAGCUCUGACCCAGUUGCUGCGGAGCCGUGGGCAUGAAGUGACCUAUGUCUCUCGACAAGAGGGCAAGGAUCGAAUCAGCUGGGAAGAGUUGUCCCGCCGUGGACUGCCCCUGUGCGACGCCGUGGUGAACUUGGCUGGUGAAAAUGUCCUCAACCCUUUCCGCAGAUGGGGUGACGCCUUCUGCAGGGAAGUCAUCAGCAGCCGGGUUGAGACCACCAAGACCUUGGCCAAAGCCAUUGCCGAUGCUGAACAGCCACCCCGUGCUUGGGUCCUCGUCACCGGCGUAGGCUAUUACCGCCCUAGCCCCACAGCUGAGUAUACUGAGGACAGUCCUGGGGGGGAUUUUGACUUCUUCUCGCGCCUGGUGAGCUCCUGGGAGGCUGCAGCUCUCAUCCCUGGGAGCCCAGCUCGUGGUGUUGUGGUGAGAUCUGGGGUAGUGUUGGGCCGAGAUGGUGGUGCAAUCUCGCAGAUGAUCUGGCCUUUCCGUCUGGGACUAGGAGGCCCCUUGGGCUCUGGGCUGCAGCCCUUCCCAUGGAUCCACAUUCGGGACCUGGCUGGAAUCGUGUGUCAUGCCCUGGAGAGUGAGUGCCUGCAAGGCGUCCUCAAUGGUGUCUCCCCAUCCUCCCAUGCCACCUCCAAUGGCACCUUUGCUCAGGAGCUUGCUGCAGCCCUGGGGCGCCCAGCCCUGCUGCCAGUGCCUGCUUGGGCUGUGCGGGCUGUCUUUGGGGCAGAGCGGGCCGUCAUGCUGUUGGAGGGCCAAAGGGUGUUGCCAAAACACACCCUGGAGAGCGGCUACCAUUUCAUCUUCCCUGACCUGUCUGGAGCUCUGAAGGACAUUGUGGCUUGA